AUGACCUGUCCAUGCUCACCAUCAGCAUGAAGUGCUCACCAUGGAGGUCACUAUGAAAUGCUUUAGUGAGUCCAUGCCUGCACUACAACAUGACUGCUCUCCUUUGCUCCUCUGCCUUCCCAGCUCUCCCUCACCCACCUCACUUCAGCCCAGCUGAGCACAACCAGGAGACAAGUGUUUGGUACGUGCACAGGGACUCUAUGAUCAAGCACCGGGCCCAGAAAGCUCCCCCUGGGCAACACAGGCACUGCGAGCGAUGCUUCAGCCGGCACUGCCGCGCGCCCAUUGAGGUCUCCGUGUCCUGCAUGGUGAUCAGCUGCCGCCUCCACUGCGGGGCCACCUUCCACAUGUGCAAGGAGGAGGAGCACAAACUGCUCUGCCCCUUGGAGCAGGUGUCCUGCCUCAACUCAGCCUAUGGCUGCCCUUUCUCCAUGGCCCGCUUUAAGCUGGGGAAGCACCUCCAGGUCUGUCCAGCCAGUGUUGUGUGCUGCUCGAUGGAGUGGAACCGCUGGCCAAACGUGGAUUCAGACACAACGCUGCACAAGAAUAUUAUGAAAGAGGCCUUGAAUGAAGAAUGUCUGGACACAGCUUUGGCACUCAGAGACCAGAAGAUACUUUUCAGGGCUUUGAAAGUAGCUGAAUUAUUUCCAGAGUGGAGGAAAGAGGACGAACUGAAAGAACUAAUGGAUCAAGCCAUGGGUGGGGAAGCAGGUGCUGUGGGAGGAGCUGCCUGUGGUUCCCAAGAGGGCAAUGACCAGUCUGAGCUCAGCCAACGUGAGCGGGAAGAUCUGGCAAAAGACAAAGAGGGAAUGGAUCUGGGGAGUUACAAAACAUGGGAGAACAUUUUCAGCAAAGAGCUUCUGGCUUGCCAGGUAACAGGCUCAGCAACCAGCUCAGGGCAAAAGACAGAGGAGGCUUCCAAGAAAACAGCAGCAGCCUCUCGUGCUGCCAGCUCCACAGAGAAGGCAAAGGAAGGACCUGAUGGUGCAGAAGAGGGAAAGAGCCAAAAGUCUGAACAAGUAACACCGAGCAGAGAACUGAAUGGACUGGCUCCCUGGCAGGAAGGGGUGCUGGAGAGGCUGAAGAAGGAAGUCGGUGUGGCAGAUUACAACAUGUAUCUGGUACAUCACGGGGGAAUGCUCAUCCGCUUUGGCCAGAUGGCUGCUUGCACUCCCAGAGAAAAAGACUUUGUCUAUGGCAACUUGGAAGCCCAGGAGGUGAAGACUGUAUACACCUUCAAAGUGCCAGUUAGUUACUGUGGCAAAAGAGCACGACUAGGAGAUGCACUGGGCCACAAGAUGCCAACUUCAGACAAGUCAGUGGAUACCUCAGAACUGGGAAUAAACAUAGAAGAACUACCUAAGACAAAUAUAGUUGAAGCCACACUGCUGUGUGCUCUGGAGAAAGAGCUGAAAGGCCAUGAGAUCUCUGAAGCAAGAGGUAUCGAUGGACUCUUUGUGGAUUUUGCAACACAGACAUACAGCUUUCCUUUGGAGCCCUUCUCCUCCAGUGCAGUUCUAGCAGAUAUUCUGGAUGAAAACAGCCCACCAGAACUGCACAUGGAGCUCUACACUGAAUGUGUAACCAGAAGACACAACAAAAGCAGUUCAGCUUUCACAUUCACUUGCAGUCAUUUCUUUAGGAGGGAUGAGUUCCCAUUCCACUUCAAGAAUGUGCACGCUGAUAUCCAGUCAUGCCUGGAUGGAUGGUUCCAGCAUCGCUGCCCACUGGCCUACUUGGGGUGUCCUUUUGUCCAAAAUCACUUCCGCCCCGAGGGACUAAAGGCCAAGGUUAUUUACAGCAAGCCUCUCAAGACGUUUGCUAUUAAGCCAGAAGUGGACACCCUUCUUGCUGAACCAGGCAAUUCCAUAGUGGAUUGUCGAGGGAGAAACAAGGACUUGCUGAGCAGCCUCCCAGUGGAAGUGCUCAAGUACAUUGCAGGAUUCCUGGACAGCUUCAGUUUAUCUCAGCUAUCACAAGUGUCAGUGCUCAUGAGGGACAUCUGUGCCACUCUUCUUCAAGAGAGGGGAAUGGUCCUGCUGGUCUGGGAGAAAAAAAGAUAUUCCCAUGGUGGUACUUCUUGGAGAGCUCGGAAAAAGAUCUGGCAGUUCAGCAGCCUGUUCUCCAGAGUUCACAACUGGCAGCGCAGCGAUGUCCCGAGCAUGUCGGAGCACCUGAGGAAUUGUCCCUUCUACCAGGCAGAGCCCAGGACAGACCCCGUGCUGCUGACGGGCAUGAGCGAAUCCCGGGAGCAGACUCGAAAGACUUUGGUCUCUACUUUCAAGCACAGAGUCUGAACAACUUUCUUCCCCUCUGACAUGCUCCCUUCAGGGCUCUGAGAUGAAGAUUUGGGGAUUCAGGUGUAAAGAUUGUUGCUUCCAACUCUCCUUUGGACAUACAAAAUUGGCUUCUUCCCAACUGCGUUUGAAACCUCUGCAUUUUUUUCCCCUGCAUUAAAUUGUUAAAGCUUCAACCACUGCUUACUAACAUCACAUGCUUUCUGUUUUCUGUUCCUGGUUUAAUACAGCAUCCUGAAGAAAGCAAUGAGGAUCUUAUUUGAAAACAGCAUUUUUACAUCCUUGAAGGUAGGCUGCUGCUCCUUUACCAUGUACCUGAGAGAAGCAAGAGCGGUUAAUUUACUUAGCUCAAAUAGAUCUGAAACACCUUAGUUUUGUCUGGAAAGCCAAAUUCUUGGAGCACAAGUAGGUGCCCUCCUGCCUGGCAGACCCAGGGACUGCUAACCUGCUCUGAGACGUGGGCAGAAGGAAAGGACACCCCAAAAUUAGGUGAAUUAAUUAGAACUCCAGCGAGAACUUGGGAAUUCACUCUGCAGCCACAGACCAUCAUUUAGGACCCUGACUAAGGCAAGCACACCCAGCUGAGUGCAAGCCUAAAGCUGAGCUCAUGGGAGCAUUCAAACCAAACCAAAGCAAGCAAACUUGUCCUUUGUUAGGAGUAACCAAGUGCAAACAAUUUCAGAGGCUCAACUGACUUUUUAUAUUUUAAGGGUCUGAACUGGAAAAGGGGAUCCAAUUCCAGCAGAGCAUUGAGGUUGCUCUCAGUCCAGCCCCACACUCUGGAUCUUCAUGACUUUGAUCUUGUUUGUGCUGUCCACAAGUCCUGUGAAGUGCAAGAGCAAUACUCCACACACUCCAGGCUGGCGUGUCUUGCAGUGUUUCCUCUCACUGGAAGAGUGGAAGUGAAAUGAAGGAAUCGUGGAAAUCAGAAAGGUCAGAGCAGGGCAAAAAAACUCAUGACAAGAGAAGACAGGAAACAGAAAAGGUAAUGGAUUUGGAUAGAGAGACCUGCCUCGUUGUAGGUGGUGUCAGGAGAGGCAAGAGGAGAUGGGUGAAAGGGCACAGGAAUGAAAGGAGUUGGGAUGUGCUGCCAAAACCAGAGGUUUUCUGGAUAAAAGCAUUUCCUUGACAAAGACUCUGGAAAUUCCCAACUGGUGCUAUACAGUAACAUGGGGCAGAUGAUAAUUUUUAGGGGGUGAAAGGGCAAGUGACCUACUGACAUGUAUCCUAAGUCUGGGUUGAAGGAUGGAUCUUUUUGAUGGACCUCCAACUCCCAAAACUGAGAGAGCACAGAUAAGGUGACGUUUAUCUGAACAGUGCCUGUUGUUUUGUGAAACUCUGUAACUCCUUGUUGCAUUCUUAGGAAUAAAAAUUAUUAUGGUAUAAAAAAAA